AUGGCCGAGCUGGUGGAAGGUUCACCACGAAUAAUGAAGGUCACACAUUCUGCCAACCGUCAAGGUCCAAAGCGUCAAGGUCCAAAGCGUCAAGGUCCAAAGCGUCAAGGUCCAAAGCGUCAAGGUCCAAAGCGUCAAGGUCCAAAGCGUCAAGGUCCAAAGCGUCAAGGUCCAAAGCGUCAAGGUCCAAAGCGUCAAGGUCCAAAGCGUCAAGGUCCAAAGCGUCAAGGUCCAAAGCGUCAAGGUCCAAAGCGUCAAGGUCCAAAGCGUCAAGGUCCAAAGCGUCAAGGUCCAAAGCGUCAAGGUCCAAAGCGUCAAGGUCCAAAGCGUCAAGGUCCAAAGCGUCAAGGUCCAAAGCGUCAAGGUCCAAAGCGUCAAGGUCCAAAGCGUCAAGGUCCAAAGCGUCAAGGUCCAAAGCGUCAAGGUCCAAAGCGUCAAGGUCCAAAGCGUCAAGGUCCAAAGCGUCAAGGUCCAAAGCGUCAAGGUCCAAAGCGUCAAGGUCCAAAGCGUCAAGGUCCAAAGCGUCAAGGUCCAAAGCGUCAAGGUCCAAAGCGUCAAGGUCCAAAGCGUCAAGGUCCAAAGCGUCAAGGUCCAAAGCGUCAAGGUCCAAAGCGUCAAGGUCCAAAGCGUCAAGGUCCAAAGCGUCAAGGUCCAAAGCGUCAAGGUCCAAAGCGUCAAGGUCCAAAGCGUCAAGGUCCAAAGCGUCAAGGUCCAAAGCGUCAAGGUCCAAAGCGUCAAGGUCCAAAGCGUCAAGGUCCAAAGCGUCAAGGUCCAAAGCGUCAAGGUCCAAAGCGUCAAGGUCCAAAGCGUCAAGGUCCAAAGCGUCAAGGUCCAAAGCGUCAAGGUCCAAAGCGUCAAGGUCCAAAGCGUCAAGGUCCAAAGCGUCAAGGUCCAAAGCGUCAAGGUCCAAAGCGUCAAGGUCCAAAGCGUCAAGGUCCAAAGCGUCAAGGUCCAAAGCGUCAAGGUCCAAAGCGUCAAGGUCCAAAGCGUCAAGGUCCAAAGCGUCAAGGUCCAAAGCGUCAAGGUCCAAAGCGUCAAGGUCCAAAGCGUCAAGAACAGGCGAGGCAGAUACUAGAUUGA